UGGCUUUAAGGGAGCUGAAAUGGCAGCAGAAAGAGGCCAAGAGCGUUUCCCUGGGUUCCCCCACCUGUGUCUGGGGCUGCUGCUCCUGCUGGGUGCUGAGCUGGGACGAGGAGAGGACAUCCUGUCACAGGUGGCCUUUGUCCAGAGGACCCUCGAGGACCCCAAGGGCCCCGGGGAGUUCAUGUUCGAGUUUGACGACGACGAGAUCUUCCACGUGGACCUGGAGAAGAAGGAGACCAUCUGGAGACUGCCUGAGUUCAAGGAGUUCACCAGCUUCCAGGCCGAGGGCGCCCAGGGCAACAUCGCCGUCCUGCGCUCCAACCUGGACAUCCUCAUGAAGCGCUCCAACAACACCCCUGCCGAGAACGUUCCUCCGAAGGCGACGGUGUACCCACAGAAGCCGGCGGAGCUGGGGGAGCCCAACGUCCUGAUCUGCCUGGUGGGCGACUUCUCUCCCCCCGUGGUGAACAUCACGUGGCUGAAGAACGGGCAGGUGGUGACGGAGAGGGUGGAAGAGACGGAUUUCUAUCCCAACAAGGACAACUCCUUCCGGAAGUUCUCCUACCUGACCUUCAUCCCCGCCAGGGACGACGUUUACUUCUGCCAAGUGGAGCACUGGGGGCUGGAACAGCCCCUCGUCAAGGAAUGGAACCCCAACAUGCCGGAGCCCCUCCCGGAGACAACGGAGAACGCGGUGUGUGGCCUGGGCCUGGCCGUGGGCAUCGUGGGCAUCAUUGUGGGCACCGUCCUCAUCUUUAAGAGCCGGCAGAUGAACGGAGGCAGAUACCGCCCGGGGCCCCUGUAAAGGAGGCGCAGGGCUCCAGUUCCGCCCCACGCGAUCCGCUCCUGCCUUCAUGUGAACUUCCAGGAUCCCUCCUCGCCAACGCUGCUCCUUCCUUGGCAAUGCUUUCCCCCUCCUCAAUCCGCUUGGAGAAUUUCGUGGGGGAGGAGUCACUUUGCUGGCGCUCUCUGAUUCCCCGCAAACCGAGUCCUGGUCUCUCUCUCCCCAAACGUGUGUUCGCCUUGCAAUGGGACAGCAGGGCAGACGACGGCCCCUCAGGGGUCCCAAACAGGGUGGGUGGUGUGCCCAGAGUGAUGCCCCAGGGACAGCCCCCCCCUUUGUCAGGGACAAAGUGGUAUUUUCCCGAUUAGUUUGGCAGUAAAGCAAGACCCUGUUCUUUGAUUUCCCAAACGGGCUGCGUUCCGGCAUCUCUCCCCAAGAGGGAAUGGAGAAGUCAAUUCCCUCCAGGAAGCCAUGGAGGUGGACGCAGCCUGAGACGCUCCUCCUGCUUCCUGUGGGCUCUCUGAGGAGGCCGCAGUCCUGGUCCCUGAGAAGCUCAGCAAAGACCCUGGGGUGGUCCCAGGGUGGAGCAUUUGGGCCACUGCUUCCUGCCUCUCCAGGGUUUUGUUGGGAGCCUGCUCUGGCUAUUUGAAGCAAAGACUUGGAAGUAGCCUCAGAGAUCACAUAGUCCAACCCCCUGAUCGGUUAUAGCAUCCGGCUGGACAUCAGGAAAAAAAUCCUGACUGUUAGAGUGGUACGACAAUAGAAUCCAUGACCUAGGGAGGCUGUGGGCUCUCCCACACUAGAGGCUUUCAAGAGGCAGCUG